CGCGCAGAAGAAAUCGGUAUGGUUGUUUGGAAACCGCAGUAAACGUUGGUCUUCUUCAAUAGCUAUUACAGCAUCCACAGGUUUUCCUUUUGUAAAUACGAAGAUAAAACCACGAGACUCUGUAGCAGUAGACCUGUAAACGGCUCAGUUUUGUUGUUGGUCAUUGUGUAGUUGAUCAUGAACGUGGCUAAAAGUGGUUAUCGUGUUUUCUCGGCUAACUCUACGCCCGCCUGCAUAGAGCUCUCUAAGAGGAUUACUGAGCGUCUUGGAGUCGAGCUGGGGAAAUCAGUUGUUUACCAGGAGUCAAACAGAGAAACGAGAGUUGAGAUCAAAGAAUCUGUGAGAGGACAAACAAUCUUCAUCAUCCAAACCAUUCCCAGAGAUGUUAACACGGCUAUAAUGGAGCUGCUGAUUAUGGCCUACGCACUGAAGACCUCCUGUGCCAAGAACAUCAUCGGCGUGAUCCCGUACUUCCCCUACAGUAAACAGUGUAAGAUGAGGAAGAGAGGGUCAAUAGUGUGCAAACUGCUCGCUUCCAUGUUAGCUAAAGCAGGUCUGACUCAUAUAAUCACAAUGGAUCUGCACCAGAAAGAGAUCCAGGGCUUCUUUACAUUCCCUGUGGACAACCUGCGGGCUUCCCCGUUCCUGCUGCAGUACAUUCAGGAGGAGGUUCCUGAUUAUAGAAAUGCUAUCAUUGUAGCCAAGUCCCCAUCUGCUGCAAAACGGGCUCAGUCGUAUGCGGAGCGCUUGCGUCUCGGUCUGGCCGUCAUGCACGGAGAAGCUCAGUGUUCGGAGUCCGACAUGGCAGAUGGGCGGCAUUCUCCUCCAUGUGUCCGCAACACCUUUGGACACUCCGGCUUGGAGUUGCCAUGCAAACAACAAGUUCCGUUCCCAGGCAUAGAGCUCCCAAUAAUGAUGGCCAAGGAGAAACCACCCAUCACUGUUGUCGGAGAUGUUGGAGGCCGCAUCGCCAUCAUUGUCGAUGACAUCAUCGAUGAUGUGGAGGACUUCGUGGCAGCAGCUGAGAUCCUGAAAGAGAGAGGAGCUUAUAAGAUCUACAUCAUGGCCACCCACGGGCUCUUGUCUGCGGACGCCCCGCGCCUCAUCGAGGAGUCCGCUAUAGACGAAGUGGUGGUGACCAACACUGUCCCUCACGAGGUGCAAAAGCUGCAGUGUCCUAAGAUCAAGACGGUGGAUGUCAGUAUGAUCCUGGCCGAGGCUAUCCGACGCAUUCACAACGGGGAGUCAAUGGCCUACCUCUUCCGCAAUAUCACAGUAGACGACUAGCCAACAGACACAUUUGGGUUAGAGAUAAAGGUGAGGUGUAGAGUUUAGGGAAGUAUCUUACGCAGUUGAGAGGUGUGCCAAUGCAGUUCCCCAUUCCCAGCACAACCGAGGACUAUACAAUCACCUUCAUUUCUCAAAUGAACCGCUUUUAUUCGUAAAUACAAUCUAAACACACUCCCAUUGCCAAAUGACAUGAAUUCCAAAAUAAACGAACAAUUACUCAAACCUGUUAAUUUACGCACACAUCCAAUCUUUUUCUAAACGCAGAUAUGAAGUUAUAUUCCAAUGCAAAGAAUAGAAAUUAUGCAAGUG